UGCAGACAGGGGGAAGCCUCUGGUAUCGGGGCGGAAAAAUGGACAGUCAAGGAAGAAAAGUAGUGGUUUGUGACAAUGGAACAGGGUUUGUCAAGUGUGGCUAUGCAGGAUCCAACUUCCCAGAGCACAUCUUCCCAGCGCUGGUUGGCAGGCCGAUCAUUCGCUCCACAGCCAAAGUGGGAAACAUCGAAAUCAAGGACCUCAUGGUGGGGGAUGAGGCCAGUGAGCUGCGCUCCAUGCUUGAGGUCAACUACCCCAUGGAGAACGGCAUCGUCAGGAACUGGGACGACAUGAAACACCUUUGGGACUACACUUUCGGGCCUGAAAAGCUCAACAUCGACUCCCGCAACUGUAAGAUCCUGCUGACGGAGCCGCCCAUGAACCCCACCAAAAACCGCGAGAAGAUCAUUGAGGUGAUGUUUGAAACAUACCAGUUUGCAGGGGUUUACAUUGCCAUCCAGGCCGUUCUCACACUGUAUGCCCAAGGAUUGCUAACUGGGGUGGUGGUUGACUCCGGUGAUGGUGUUACCCACAUAUGUCCCGUCUACGAGGGUUUCUCCCUGCCCCACCUGACCCGACGCCUGGACAUCGCAGGAAGGGACAUCACUCGCUACCUCAUCAAGCUGCUGUUGCUAAGGGGCUACGCCUUCAACCACUCGGCAGACUUUGAGACGGUGAGGAUGAUGAAGGAGAAGCUAUGUUACGUGGGCUACAACAUCGAACAGGAACAGAAACUAGCCCUUGAGACCACUGUGCUGGUGGAGUCUUACACGCUCCCAGACGGCCGUGUGAUCAAAGUUGGGGGGGAGAGAUUUGAGGCCCCUGAGGCUCUUUUCCAGCCCCACCUGAUCAAUGUGGAGGGAGUAGGUGUGGCAGAGCUGCUCUUCAACACCAUCCAGGCUGCUGACAUCGACACCAGGGCUGAGUUCUACAAACACAUUGUUCUGUCAGGGGGGUCUACAAUGUACCCGGGCCUGCCCUCCCGCCUGGAGCGUGAACUCAAACAGCUCUACCUGGAGCGUGUGCUGAAAGGGGACGUUGACAAGCUCUCGAAAUUCAAGAUCCGGAUCGAGGACCCCCCGCGGCGUAAGCACAUGGUGUUCCUGGGUGGAGCCGUGCUCGCUGACAUCAUGAAGGACAAGGACAACUUCUGGCUGACGCGGGAGGAAUACCAGGAGAAAGGAGUCCGCGUGCUGGAGAAACUGGGUGUCACUGUCAGAUAAAAUGCCACAUGCAGAGACGCAAACCUGGCUCUCUCAUCCUUUCACUCUCUCGCUCUCUUUCUUUCCUAUCUGUCCGUCACUUUCACCUGCUCUGCAUUUGUCGCUCGCCUCCAGAUGAUCCACUGCUCCAAGCCUAUCCUCGAUUCUCACACACACUGUCAAGAGAGAGACUGAGACAAAAGUUGAGUUUGCGUAGAUAGAUGGCCCUGGGGUCAGUGGCUAAGAAAAUGUUUGUGACUGGAGGGUGGGGGCGCCAGAGAGCUCCUGAUGUGCUAAUGUCGCGAUACUUUCCUACAGUCAGAGAACAGCCCGAGGUUUUACCAGAAAAAACAGUGGAAAUAUUAAUUUGACUCUUCUACAAAAAUGUUUGAGAAACGUAAAUGGUUUAAACAAUUACUUCCUUGUUCAAGGACUUGGGUUUUUUUUUUCCCUGUGAAAUUUCCGUUAAUUUUUUUUUUUUAAUUGUUGUUGGAACAUCAAGUGGUGUUCAUCGAGUAAUGUUCCUCUUGUCUCUUUUUUUUUUUAAUACAAAAUGGAUAAUUCGUGUUUUAUGAUGUAACCCUUCAUUGAGAGGUUUGCAGACACCAUAUGCUGUGGUACACAUGGGCAGGCAGCCAUUUUGAAACCUGCCUGCCUGUUUCUUUUUCGGUUGUUUUGCAUGUCCUUCUUAAGUCUGUAUCUCUGUGGCAGCUGGGGACAUUCAUAUCUUCCUUUGAGAGUUUGACUUUAUUUAAAUACAAAAGUGCAGGUCAUACUCAAGACCUCAAUCUCUGACUAACUGUUCUGCCUUUUAUUUUUGUUUGGUCUCCUCUAAAUGCAGGAGCAGAAAACCUCAGAUGCUAUUAGGAGUUGAAGAAAGCUGAAUCAGUUCAUCUGGACGUUACGUUUAUUGACAGAAACGUUUCAUCACUCGUCUAAGUGAUCUCUUCAGUCUCAACUGACUGCAGGUAUCCCCACCCUUAUAAACGAUACAGCUGCAUAAUGCAAGAAACCAACAACCAGUUUCAUGUACAAAUAUGUAGGUGUGACCAUUAACUAGAGUUUUAUUUGCCAUGUGUACUAUUCACAGAGGAUUUGGGAAUGUUUGCAAUCGCGUCAUUGUAAGAUAGCGACAGAUGUACUCUUAGCCCCCCCCCCCCCCCCCCAGUUUCAGGGAUGGUCAUUCCCUCUUCACAUUUAUGGCCUCUUUGACUCCCCGUUCAAGCCAGUGUUCCUCCCUAUCAAGGAUGUGCACAUCCUCAUCCUUGAAAGAGUGGCCACUGGCCUGUAGAUGGGUGUAGACUGCGGAGUCCUGGCCUGACACGUUGGCUCUUCGCACAACACAGACCUCAACACAGACAACUAAACCGACCUCUUGGUCUGUUUAGUUUUCCCAGUGUACAAGUCACGGCAAUCCUCCUGGCACUUGACAGCGUACACACUAUAUUGCUCUGUUUGUACUGGGGGACCCGAUCCUUGGGUGGACCAAUUUCUGGUGCAGUGUGCUUUGGGGUUUGAAAACAACUGAGACGCGGUGUUUGGAAAAUACGUGUCUCAGCUUUUCCGACCCUCCCGCCACAUACGGAAUCACCACUUAGACAGCUGUUGUCCUUGAAACUCUAGUUAACAGUCAUGCCUAUUUGCAUAUGAAACUGGACAUUGGUUUCGGUCCUUAUGCAACUGUAUUGUUUAUAAGGGUGGGGAUACCUGCUGUCAGUUGAGACUGAAGAGGUCACCUAGAUGAGUUGAUGAAACGUUUCUGUCAAUAAACGUCGUGUCCAGAUGAACUGAUUCAACUUUCUGUGACUUCUUACUUGGAUUAUUGCUCAUGCGUAAAGAUAUUAGGAGUUGGGGUGAGGAGGUCAAGGGGGCUAAUGAGGUUGAGCAGCAAGCCUCUUGCAUACAGCCACAAGAAACGCUUUGAGUUUAAAGGUGUUGUAGAUUUGUUUUCUAACAGGUUGAGGAUCUUUUUGAUGAUACUAGCCAAGGAUUCCUGCAGGUUUUGAGUUGCUAUUGUAUCGUCUGUGGUGAUUCGCAAAGGACUUGAUCAAAUAAAGCGCUCGCAUAUCAUUCCACUGGCAGCAGUAACGUGCCAUGAUUUCAAUGAGGGUUGAUGACCUUUUUUUUUUUUUCAUGAGUUGUACUUUAUUUUUCAUGUUUCUAAUCAUCGCUGUUGUACUUUCCAUUUGUUUGAGAGGACACCAGGUUUUGCCUUUUACUGCUAGGGGCUUCUUCUUUUUUUUUUUCUUAUGCAUUGUUUUGAAGCCGAAAAUCAAAUGGUCGCCAGGGUCACCUCUGUCCAGAACAACUGAUUUGGGGUUAGCCCCAACCACCACCCCUUUUACCCAAAUCCAAAUCUUAAUCUAUGGCGAACAAACAAAGUGGCUGGUCUCAGGUUUUAAGUUUGGGGCAGGUCAGACCGGAUCCUCUCUGAAGAGGGACCGCUGCUCUCAGCCCAGGUGGAAUCGAGGAGGAGCAGACAGAGGAGGGAAACGGUGCUGAAAGUUUCAGGUCGGAAGAAUGCACGUUUGACAACGCAACAGUUAAGUUAAAAUUCCUCCUUUUAAAUUUGGUCAAAUGUGCCGUUGAGUUUAUUGCCUCCUCUUCUCCCUCCUGGUGUUGGCCAAGGAGAGCUAUACUGGUCUGCAAAUAAAAUACUGAAUAAUAUAUAAAUAAAAUAAGGAAAAUUUCCUCUUGACAGACUCAUCUACUAGUGCCAAGUACAGUUAUUCUAGUUGGACCUUAUUUUUAUUUUCGGUUGUCCUUUCUAUAUUUUUUCGCACCACAGCAUUACUGCCGACUGUUGGUUUUAAAUAAAGUGAU